CCGGCCGCUGUAGUCGACAAUAGAAAGGCCACUGCGCAUCGCCGGCUUUCAGUGUCACAAUUGAAAAUAUAAAAAAAAUAUUAUUUCUUUCGUGAAUUGGUACUACUUGUCAGUGAAAUAGUGAUAGUUGGGAAGUGGUUUUAUCAAACGAAAAGUCUUUCAGCUUUUUUGCUCUAAGGUAUGGAGUGGGAAGGACCACCCAAGCAAGGCUUGUACGACCCCCAGAACGAGCACGAAGCGUGUGGAGUCGGAUUUGUGGUUGCUAUCGACGGGAAACGGACCCAUAAAAUCGUCCGAGAUGCCGAAACUCUCGCCAAGCGCAUGGAGCACCGCGGCGCAUGCGCCUGCGACAACGACACCGGCGACGGCGCCGGCGUGCUUGUUGCCAUCCCGCAUCAGUACUACUGCGCACAGCUGAGAGACACACACCAGCUGGACCUGCCGCCGUUCGGCAAAUACGCCACCGGCAUAUUCUUCCUCGACAAGCUUCACCACCAGGACAUAGAGAAGAAGUUCACCGAGCUUGCCGAGAGCCUCGGCCUCCGCGUGCUUUGCUGGCGGACGGUGCCCACCAACAACUCGACCAUUGGUCAGGUGGCUCGUAACUCCGAGCCAUUUAUGCGACAAGUGUUUGUUACCGGCGAUAUCGACGACGAGAUCCAACUCGCCAGGCAGAUCUUCGUGCUGCGCAAGCGCGCGUCGCAUGAGCUCGGGGUGCCCGGCGCGAGGUUCUAUAUAUGCAGCUUGUCGCUGAGGACUGUCGUCUACAAGGGACUGCUGACUUCCAACCAGCUAUGGGAGUACUUCAAGGAUCUGACGAACCCGGCGUUCACCACAUACCUUGCGUUGGUGCACACUCGGUUCUCCACCAACACCUUCCCCAGUUGGGAGCGAGCCCAUCCCUUGAGGGUGCUUGCCCACAAUGGAGAGAUCAACACGCUGCGAGGCAACGUGAACCUGAUGAAGGCUCGCGAGGGUGUGAUGAAGAACGAUAUUUUUGGAGACGACCUCAAGAAACUGUACCCAGUCGUGGAACCCAACCUCUCCGACUCCGGAUCAGCUGACUGCGUCCUCGAAUUCCUCCUUCACUGCGGCAGUCGUUCUCUUCCCGAAGCUGUCAUGACCAUGGUGCCAGAAGCUUGGCAGAACGACCCGACUAUGCCUAAGGAGAAAAGGGAUUAUUACCAAUGGGCAUCUUGCGCUAUGGAGCCUUGGGAUGGACCGGCGCUGAUUUCUUUCACUGAUGGACGCUAUAUCGGUGCUAUCCUGGACAGGAACGGCCUACGACCUUCUCGCUUCUAUGUGACCAGUGAGAACAUACUGGUGAUGGCAUCCGAAGUCGGAGUAUACGAUGUUGACCCGGAAAAAGUUACUCACAAGAGCCGAUUGAAGCCCGGCCGCAUGUUGCUGGUAGACACUCAAGAAAAGAAAAUCAUCCAAGAUGUCGAGCUGAAGAUGGAAAUCGCUAGCAGCCGUCCUCACUCCCAGUGGCUCAGCGAACAGAUGAUAACCCUCGAAGACAUCCACAAAUCAGUGGCAGCCGAGUCCGUAUCAAACGGGGCCAGUGACGUCAUCACUGGGCUCACAGACCGCCGCCUCAGCCUGUAUGGCUACACCAUUGAGACCAUCAACAUGUUACUGCUGCCUAUGCUUCAAAACAAGAAAGAAGCUCUGGGCAGUAUGGGCAAUGACGCUCCACUGGCCUGCCUGUCUCAGUUCCAACCUGUCCCGUACGAGUACUUCAAACAGCUGUUCGCGCAAGUCACCAACCCACCUAUUGAUCCCUUCAGGGAGAAGAUAGUAAUGUCCCUGCUAUGUCCCAUCGGCCCUGUCGCCAACAUUCUGAAUCCAAGCGCGGCGUUCACACACCGGCUGUUUCUGCCGCAACCCAUCCUAUCGCUGCCAGACUUACACGCUCUGAAAAAUACUACACACCGCGGAUGGAAGACAAAAGUAAUCGACUGCACCUUCGACUACGGUCUCGGCGAGACCGCCCUCGAGCCGGCGCUCACCGAGAUCGCCGCACAAGCGCACGGCGCCGCGGCCGCCGGCUACCAGCUACUUGUGCUGUCCGACCGCGCCGCCGCCGAGCGCGUGCCCGUCAGCUCGCUGCUCGCACUCGGUGCUGUUCAUCACCACUUGAUCGAGACCCGUAUGCGUAUGAAAGUGGGCAUUAUUGUGGAGACAGCUGAGGCGCGAGAGGUGCACCACAUGUGUGUUUUGUUAGGCUACGGCGCCGACGCGAUCUGCCCAUACCUCGCGUUCGAACUUGCCUUCGCUCUCCGCAACGACCACAUAAUCGACCCCUCCAUCACCGACGAAAGCAUCUACAAGGCCUACCAGUCCGCCAUAGAGACUGGCUUAGCUAAAGUCAUGGCCAAAAUGGGCAUUAGUACACUCCAGUCGUACAAGAGUGCGCAGAUCUUUGAGGCUGUUGGCUUGAAUGAAGAUGUCAUUGACAAGUGCUUUAGAGGCACCCAGUCUAGAAUUGGUGGCGUAAACUUCGAAAUUCUCUCAAAGGAAAUAUUCGAGCGGCAUGAAUUAGCUUAUGGCACUUGCAAAGAUGCCCUCGUUUUGAGGAACCCCGGGCACUACCACUGGCGAGCCGGUGGCGAGAAGCACAUCAACGACCCCAUGUCCGUGGCCAACCUGCAGGGUUACUUAUACUAAUACAGCUACUACACUCAUAUUUUACGGUCGUAAAGCGCCUACAGGAGCAUACGUGGCAUAAUUAAUGAGGCACAGGGUUAGAGCCGGAGUAGUUUUAUUUGACGUUCAUAAGCGCAUUGUAAUAUCAGUAAAAUGCCUUCUUGAAAAAUAAGUUAUCUUUAUCUGUUUCCAGGCGCGAUGUCAUUCGGUUCCAUAUCGCUGGAGGCGCACACAACACUCGCCAUCGCCAUGAACCGCAUCGGCGGCAAGUCCAACACAGGCGAGGGCGGCGAGGACGCCGACCGCUACCUCAAUCAGGACCCGGAGUUCAACAAGCGGUCGGCCAUCAAGCAGGUGGCGUCGGGUCGGUUCGGCGUCACCGCGUCGUACCUGGCGCACGCCGACGACCUGCAGAUCAAGAUGGCGCAGGGCGCCAAGCCCGGCGAGGGCGGAGAAUUACCCGGUUACAAAGUGACUGAGGACAUCGCGAAGACCCGUUGCUCCGUAGCAGGCGUCGGUCUAAUCCCGCCCCCGCACCAUGACAUCUACUCCAUCGAAGAUCUGGCUGAACUCAUCUACGACCUGAAGUGCGCCAACCCUCGAGCUAGGAUCUCUGUCAAACUUGUGUCUGAAGUUGGCGUGGGUGUAGUGGCCUCUGGAGUCGCCAAGGGCAAAGCGGAACACAUCGUGAUAUCCGGCCACGACGGUGGAACCGGCGCCAGCUCCUGGACUGGAAUCAAGAGCGCAGGUCUGCCGUGGGAGCUGGGCGUCGCUGAAACUCAUCAAGUGUUGGUGCUCAACGAUUUACGUUCUCGUGUGGUGGUACAAGCGGACGGGCAGAUCCGAACCGGAUUCGACGUGAUGGUGGCCGCUUUGCUCGGCGCUGAUGAGUUCGGGUUCAGUACAGCCCCGCUUAUUGCACUUGGUUGCACGAUGAUGCGUAAAUGUCACCUCAACACAUGCCCAGUGGGCAUCGCCACUCAGGACCCGGUACUCAGGAAGAAGUUCGCCGGCAAGCCUGAACAUGUCAUCAACUACCUCUUUAUGUUGGCUGAAGAGGUCCGCCAGCAUAUGGCCGACGUGGGCGUGCGUCGGUUCCAAGACCUGAUCGGACGCACGGAUCUGCUCAAAGUGCGCGAGAACAACGAAAACCCCAAGGCCCGCCUUCUCAACCUCAGCCUUAUUCUGAAGAACGCCUUGCACAUGCGUCCAGGCGUCAAUAUUAUCGGAGGAUCUAAAUCACAGGACUUCCAACUAGAGAAACGAUUGGAUAACCAGCUGAUCGAGCAGUGCUCCGGCAUUCUCGACGGCAGCAAGAAACACGUGGACAUCGCCAUGAAGAUCACCAACGAGGACCGCACAUUCACUUCUACUCUCUCCUACCAUAUUGCCAUGAAAUACAGCGACAACGGCCUCCCUGAUGACACAAGCAUAAACAUCUCGCUCAUCGGUUCUGCUGGUCAGAGCUUCUGUGCUUUCCUGUCCAAGGGCAUCACGGUUACUUUGGAGGGCGAUGCCAACGACUAUGUCGGCAAAGGUUUAUCCGGCGGUAAAGUUAUAAUUUACCCACCAAAAGUUUCGCCGUUCGAGUCACAUCUCAACGUGAUUGUCGGCAACGUAUGUUUGUACGGAGCUACCUCUGGAAGGGCGUACUUUAGGGGUAUAGCGUCAGAGCGUUUCUGCGUGCGCAACUCCGGUUGCACGGCCGUCGUGGAAGGCGUCGGCGACCACGGCUGCGAGUACAUGACGGGCGGCACCGUCCUCAUCCUCGGCCUCACUGGCCGGAACUUCGCGGCUGGCAUGAGCGGUGGUAUCGCGUACGUGUACGACAUCGACGGCUCGUUCAAACGCGGCAAGUGCAACCCUGAAAUGGUGGAGCUGCUCCCUCUUGAGUUGGAGGAUGACUUGCAGAUCGUCAAGACAUUACUGGAAGAAUUCGUUGAAUAUACUGGAUCUUUAAUAGCCAAACAGCUGCUAGAAACCUGGCCAGCGCCAGCCACGCAAUUCGUAAAGGUGUUCCCAUACGAAUAUCAGCGCGCGCUCAAGCAGCUCGCCAUACAACAGGCUCCUAAAGUCGAGGCCAACGGGAAGGAGGAAAACGGCAUCGCGGACAUAGAGGAAGCGGUGCGCGACGUCGAGCUGGAUAAGAAGAAUUUGGAGAAGAUUCUGGAUAAGACCAGAGGCUUCAUAAAAUACCCACGUGAAACCUCCGUCUACCGCCCCGCCGAGAAGCGUCUCCGAGACUGGGACGAAAUCUACAAUUUCAACCACGUGCGCCGCGGCCUACGCGUACAAGCCGCGCGGUGUAUGGAGUGCGGCGUCCCCUUCUGCCAGUCCGGACACGGCUGCCCACUGGGCAAUAUUAUACCCAAAUGGAACGAGCUCGUGUUCAAUGGGGACUGGAAACAGGCGCUGAAACAGCUCAUGCAGACGAAUAACUUCCCUGAGUUCACCGGUCGCGUGUGUCCCGCGCCGUGCGAGGGCGCCUGUGUGCUGGGCAUCUCAGAGCCACCCGUCACCAUCAAGAACAUUGAGUGCGCUAUCAUCGACAACGCUUUUGAAAACGGCUGGAUUGUGCCUGAGAUCCCUGAAUAUCGCAACGGUAAAACUGUCGCAGUAGUAGGUUCCGGUCCCGCAGGUCUGGCUUGCGCACAUCAACUUAACAAGGCGGGCUACUCCGUGACGGUGUUCGAACGAAACGACCGCGCUGGAGGACUUCUACAAUACGGCAUUCCCACCAUGAAACUCAGCAAGGAAGUUGUACAACGACGCGUCCAGCUUUUGCAGGCUGAAGGCGUCGUGUUUAAGUGCAAUGUGGAUGUGGGCAAGGACAUCAGCGCUACUGAUCUGGCUAACGAAUACAAUGCCCUAGUGCUUUGCAUGGGCGCAACAUGGCCACGCGACCUGCCGCUCAAAGGCCGCCAGCUCAACGGAAUCCACUACGCCAUGGAAUUCCUCGAAUCCUGGCAGAAGAAGCAGAUGGGACCCCCUCUGCACCACGGGAAGGAGCUACCAGAACUGAAUGCUAAGGACAAGAAUGUACUGGUUAUCGGAGGAGGUGAUACUGGAUGCGACUGCAUAGCGACAUCGCUACGCCAAGGUGCCAAGUCGAUCACGACGUUCGAAAUCUUGCCGGAACCGAAACCUACUCGCGGCCAGGACAACCCUUGGCCGCAAUGGCCUAGAGUCUUCAGGGUGGACUACGGACACGAGGAAGUGAAAGUCAAGUUUGGAAAUGACCCGAGGAAGUUCUCGACGCUAACCAAAGAAUUCCUGGAUGACGGUCACGGCAACGUAGCGGGCGUGUCGGCCGUGGAAGUAGAAUGGACUCGCGCCGCGGGCGGCCGCUGGGAGAUGAAGGAAAUACCCGGCACAGAGAAGAUCUACAAAGCGGAGCUGGUACUGUUGGCUAUGGGCUUCCUGGGGCCUGAGAGAUACGUGGCACAUCAACUUGAUUUGCCCUUGGACGCGCGUAGCAACGUGGAGACAGAGAAGAAGAACAUCUAUCACACGCCAGUCAACAACGUAUUUGCUGCCGGAGAUUGUCGCCGCGGCCAGUCGCUAGUAGUAUGGGCCAUCUCCGAAGGCCGGCAGGCGGCGCGCGCGGUCGAUAUCUUCCUGUCCGGAAAGUCCGCGCUGCCCGGCCCUGGCGGCGUCAUCGGGGCCUACUGAACAUAGUAAGCCGAGGCUUAUGUUACACAUUUGAGACGUAAUUACGACGUUAGCUCGUAGUCAUGUAUUUAGCGAUUUGGAGCGAGACUACUGCGAUAGAACGAAACUAUUUUAUCUUACAAUCGAUUGGGAUGCACCAGCUUUGAACAAGGCUUCGACCCAGCAAAAUGUCAAUACGUAAUCGACACCUACUCGAACAAAUGUUUGGGGUAGACAAAAUAAAUCAUUUUAUAUUUAAUGAGAUUAUAUCGUGGUAGAACUGUCCAUAUUACUAAAUACGUGGACAACACUCAAGAGUUUUAAACUGUUAUAUAUAGCUCAUAGUCAUCACCUUACUGAAUCAAAUCUGGAUUUUUAGAACUUUUAGACUGUUGAAUUUGAUAGUAGUAUUCUGCGUUUUAACUUACGCUUUAGUGAGUUUUUAGAUCAACUGAAAUAUUUUUGCAGUAGUCGCGAGGCCAAAAUGUACAGCAAUUUUUAAAGAGAUUUAUAUGAUUUCGAAUAUUGUAUUUUAGUGAUUACCUACUUUAAGCGUUAUUUUAAGGACAUUCCGUUUGUAUUUUAUGCUGAUUAGUAUCGCAACCAGUUGACGUGUAUCCAGACCAAAUUGUAUGCACUGUGAUCUCUGCCAAGUGUCAUAAAGCGUAAAGUUUCGUUGUUUUGAUUUGACUGUUUUUAAUGUUAUUAUAAUGGUUUCUAUAGUUAUACUUUAUAAAUUAUUUAACGAUAUCACUUAUCGUUAUACGCAAAUGGUGUGAGGUGCCAAGCAUUAUAUUAGUAUUUAUUUUAACAAUGACAUGAUAACCAUCUGAUGGCAUCUGAUUAUAUUUACAAUUAUUUUAAAUAGGUUAACCUGUUCGUUUCUGUUUGCGCACAAAUGCGCAAGGCCGAGUAUUGAAACAUUUACUGUGAUGUAAGUUUUUAUAAGAAUUAUGUUACAGUCAAUUUUGUUUGUCGUAUGUUUAACAAAGUUCCUAAAAUGUGAAGAAUGAACUAAAAUCACAUGUCUCUUCAGUUCGCCGUUAUCUUAAAUCUAAAUUUACGUUAUUCUUUGAAUAAUUCUGACUAUAUCCCGAACGAGCUGUAAAAUUAAAUCAAGACACUUAUGUAUCAAGUAUUAAUUGUGAGACUAUUUAUUUAGAACACAUUAUAGUUGAAGUCAGAGGUACACUAGCUAACACAUGUCGUGAGAUAUUAUUAUUAAUAUUUAUAGUAUGGUGUAGUUAGAACCAUGAGGUCCGAAGAGAGAAAGUGUCGCCUAGUGUAUCUUUAUCUUUGGCUUUUCUCUGCCAACUGAAGAGAUAUUUAGUUUAGUAAGUUGUGUUGCGGUAUAGUUUAGUAAGUGUAAUUAAUCAUAAAAAUAGAUCUUUACUUACUAGAUCUUGCACUUGUAUUAUUUUACAACCUGUGUCAUAACCAGAGCGAUAUAAUCUACAAAAGUAUGUGAUGUAAAAAGUCGUUUUUGAAUUGAUUUUUUAUUAACGUAUUUUGUUAAAAGUUUAUUUUAUUUAUUAUUAUUAAACGUAUUCGAAUUUUA